AUGUACUUCCAGUUCCACUCUGACACACAUGCGGCCAGGAGUCGGAAUCGAUUCCACGGCAACCAGUGCAACUGCGUGCGACGCCGGAACCCCUGCUUCGCAGCAUUCCCCAGGCCAGGGGCAGCCUCACGGUACGCGCGCACGCGCGCACGCGUACUCGUGCAGUUCUCCUCGGACGUGCACGCCUUCCUGGCUCCAGUCUCGGGCUCCGGCUUCCGGCUCUCGCCCCCGAGCUUGGCGUCCCGCGGCUGGGCGGCGCCAGCCCUGGCCGAGUUCGCGGUGCUGCACGGUCCGGCGCUGCGCGCGUCGGGGGUCCCGGAGCUCUAUUGGGGCCGCCUUCUGCACAAGCUGGAGCAUGAGGUUUUCGACGCCGGGGAGAUGUUUGGGAUCAUGCAAGUGGAAGAAGUGGAGGAUGAAAGCGAGGAUGAGGAUGCCCGAGAAGGGCGGAGGAAGAGGCCCAACCCGGGCAGUGAGCUCUGCUACAAAGUCAUCGUGACCAAUGAGGCCGGGCUGCGGGCAGCCGACCCCAACAGAAGCAAGCACAGCUCUGUAGCUGUUAGGUUUGCUGACGGUUCCCUGCCCCUGCAGCCCUGGCCCCUCUUCCCCCCGCAUUCCCACGCUGCCUCGCACUGGCCGCUGACUGUUCUGCAGGAACAGGGCCGUGCUCUAGAUGGAGGUGUCGGGGCUGUGGGUAUUGACCUUCACAGUGUGCAGAGCCAGGUGCAGACGGCCGAGGAGAAGAUACCGGUGUGGUAUGUCAUGGACGAGUUUGGCUCGCGCAUCCAGCACGCAGACGUGCCCAGCUUUGCCACGGCCCCCUUCUUCUACAUGCCUCAGCAGGUGGCCUACACGGUGCUGUGGCCCCUAAGGGACCUAGACACAGGCGAGGAGGUAACCCGGGACUUUGCCUACGGAGAGGUGGACCCCCUGAUCCGGAAGUGCAUGCUGCUGCCCUGGGUGCCUGCCGACCUGCAGGAGCUCAGCUCCUCCACGCCUGAGCCUCCCGACACGUACUACCAGGCCAUCCUGGAAGAGAACAAAGAGAAGCUGCCGGCAGUCAUCAGCCCCGCAACGUAUCCUCCCGACCACAUCUUCAAGGUCUACUCAGAUGUCCGGCAGGUCCUCAGCCACCUGACGCACCCACGCUUCACCUUCACUCCGAACGAGGCGGACGCCGACAUCCUCUACAACUUCUCCCACUUCAAGGAUUACCAGAGGCUCAGCCUGGAGCGACCCAACGUGCUGCUGAACCAGUUUCCCUGCGAGAACCUGCUGACGGUCAAGGACUGCCUGGCCUCCAUUGCUCGCAGGGCGGGCGGCCCUGAGGGCCCGGCCUGGCUGCCUCGUACCUUCAACCUGCGCACUGAGCUGCCCCAGUUCAUCAGCUACUUCCAGCAGCGGGAGAGGCGGGGUGAGGAUAACCACUGGAUCUGCAAGCCCUGGAACCUGGCCCGCAGCCUGGACACGCACAUCACAAAGGACCUCAGCUGCAUUAUUCGGCACCGUGAGAGCGCCCCCAAGGUGGUGUCCAAGUACAUUGAGAGCCCCGUCCUCUUCCGUCGCGAGGACGUGGGCCUGGUCAAGUUCGACGUCCGCUACAUCGUGCUGCUGCGCUCGGUGACACCCCUGCAGCUCUUUGCCUACGACGUUUUCUGGCUGCGCUUCUCCAACCGGCCCUUCACACUCGACGACCUGGAUGACUACGAGAAGCAUUUCACUGUCAUGAACUACGACCCGGAUGUGGUGCUGAAGCAGGUACACUGUGACGAGUUCAUCCUGGAGUUUGAGCAGCAGUACCCGGAGUUUCCGUGGCAGGGCGUCCAGGCUGAGAUCUUCCGGGCCUUCACGGAACUGUUCCAAGUGGCGUGUGCCAGACCUGCACCCCUGGGUCUCUGCGCCUACCCCUCGUCCCGGGCCGUGUAUGCCAUCGACCUCAUGCUGAAGUGGGAUGACCGCCCCGAUGGGAAGCGGGUCAUGCAACCCCAGAUCCUGGAGGUGAACUUCAACCCCGACUGUGAGCGUGCCUGCCGCUACCACCCGACCUUCUUCAACGACGUAUGCAGCACCUUGUUUCUGGACCAGCCCGACGGCUGCCACGUCACCCGCCUCCUCUAG